GCCUCAUCCUAGCCUCCCUUUCGCCUACCACGAAAUUCACUGGGUUUCGACUUCGUCUCCUCAUCGUCGAAACGGCCUUUCACUCCAAUUGGUUAUUUUUCUGAGGGCCGGCGCGGAUGAUGAAUCACCAGCUGGGUUUCGUCGUCACGCUUCUUUCGGUCAGCGCGACUGUCCUCCCGGUUGGCGUCGGUGUGGCCCACGCCCAAGUCAGCUAUGUCCCACUCGUCGGGCUCGUCGGUGUCCUCGCCGGCGCAAGCCUCAUCAUCGCCGGCGUCAAAUCCAACGCGACGGCGGCCGCCGGCAAUCCGUCAGUAUUCAGCCUCCCGGCCGCCGGUGCAAUAGCUUCCUCCUACCUGCGCCGCCGCCGUGACCUCUCCGUGGUAGGCCUCCUCACCGCGGCGUCUGCAGUUACGGCGCACGUCCCCGGCGUCGGCGGCGGCGGGCCGGCCGUCGCCUUCGUCCUCUUCUUGAUGCUCCUGCUCGGCGUCGCCAUGGUCAUGCUUAGGAAUCCAUGGCGGCCUCCACUGACACAGACGUGAGCUAUCAUUGAAAUUAAGUUAUUGGGAUAAUGUUGAGGUGGUCAGAAAGUUGCUAGUACAUAGUUUUACUUUAUUCACCAUCAGCUGAUGUUCUUUGCUACUAUGUCGUAUGAGUAAUUCGGUCAUCGGAUGAUCAACUGAAAUUCUAAGUAACAUUUUCCGCUUUUACCCA